CUGGGAUUCUCUCAGACAUGUCCUCGCGCCUUCCAUUUAUACAUAAUUUCUGCAUUUUACUUUCUUUUUUUAUUUUAAUUAAUAAUUAACCAGAGAGAGAGGCGGAGACGUGUACGUUGCGGAGCCCAGUACGGCCCCUCGCUUCCAUUUCAAUCUUACACCUCCGAACAGAUCGAAAAUCAUCCAACCAAUUCCUCUUUUGCUUCUGAAUCUGAAUCUGUGUUGCUGCUGCUGCGGAUUCUUUGUGCUCAAUUGGUGCCUCUUCUUGCCAUUGGCACAUUAUGGCACCCAAACCAAGUUCGGCUGAUGGGAGGACCAGGAGCUCUGUCCAAAUUUUUAUAGUUGUAGGUUUGUGUCUUUUCUUCUACUUACUAGGCGCGUGGCAGCGGAGUGGGUUUGGGAAGGGAGAUAGUAUAGCUAUGGAGAUUAAUAGGAGUGGAUCRGACUGCAAUAUAGUUUCGAAUUUGAAUUUCGAGACUCAUCAUGGAGGUGAGGCUGAGACUAAUAACGAGUCAGAAUCAGAAUCUAAAGUAUAUGAACCAUGUGAUGCUCAAUAUACCGAUUACACCCCUUGUCAAGAUCAGAGACGUGCAAUGACCUUUCCCAGGAAUAACAUGAUUUAUCGUGAGAGACAUUGUCCUACUGAGGAAGAAAAGUUGCAUUGCUUGAUACCAGCCCCCAAAGGAUAUGUAACUCCCUUCCCUUGGCCAAAAAGUCGCGACUAUGUUCCAUUUGCAAAUGCACCGUAUAAGAGUUUGACCGUUGAGAAGGCUGUGCAGAACUGGAUUCAGUAUGAGGGCAAUGUAUUUAGGUUCCCAGGUGGGGGAACUCAGUUUCCUCAAGGGGCAGAUAAGUAUAUUGAUCAACUUGCUGCUGUGAUUCCUAUUAGAAAUGGAACAGUUAGGACUGCUCUGGAUACUGGUUGCGGGGUUGCCAGUUGGGGUGCGUACCUUCUGAGUAGAAAUGUGCUAGCCAUGUCAUUUGCACCUAGGGACUCUCAUGAAGCGCAGGUUCAAUUUGCUCUUGAAAGGGGAGUGCCUGCAGUUAUUGGUGUUCUGGGUACCAUUAAGCUGCCUUAUCCGUCUAGAGCCUUUGACAUGGCUCACUGUUCUCGCUGCUUAAUCCCUUGGGGUGCAAAUGAYGGAACAUACCUAAUGGAAGUUGAUCGAGUUUUGAGACCUGGUGGUUAUUGGGUGCUUUCAGGUCCUCCAAUCAACUGGAGGACUAAUUAUCAAUCAUGGCAGCGUCCUAGAGAUGAACUUGAGGAGGAACAGAGAAAGAUUGAGGAUAUCGCCAAACUUCUUUGCUGGGAAAAGAAGUUUGAGAAGGGUGAAAUUGCAAUUUGGAAGAAGAGAGUAAAUACUGAUUCAUGCCGUGACAGACAGGAUGAUUCUCGAGAUGUCUUUUGUAAAUCUCCAGUAUCAGAUGAUGUCUGGUACGAAAAAAUGGAGACCUGUAUUACUCCAUAUCCUAAUGUUGAGAAUUCUGAUGAGGUUGCUGGUGGUGAACUGAAGACAUUUCCUGAAAGGCUUUAUGCUGUACCUCCUAGAAUUUCUAGUGGAUCUGUGCCUGGAAUUUCUGUCAAGGCCUAUCAGGAGGACAAUAACAAAUGGAAGAGGCAUGUUAAGGCUUAUAAGAAGAUCAACAAAUAUAUUGAUACUGGAAGAUAUCGUAAUAUAAUGGAUAUGAAUGCUGGUUUGGGAGGUUUUGCUGCAGCCCUUGAAUCUUCUAAGCUAUGGGUAAUGAAUGUGGUACCCACUAUAGCUGAAAAAAAUACUCUUGGUAUCAUCUAUGAACGAGGAUUAAUCGGCAUCUACCAUGACUGGUGUGAAGCUUUCUCCACCUAUCCUAGAACGUACGACCUCAUUCAUGCCCAUGGCCUUUUCAGUUUGUACAAGGACAAAUGCAACAUGGAGGAGAUUCUUAUGGAGAUGGACAGGAUUUUGAGACCUGAAGGAGCAGUCAUAUUCCGGGAUGAAGUCGAUGUACUCGUUAAGGUGAAGAAGAUGAUCGGAGGGAUGAGAUGGGAUGCAAAAAUGGUGGAUCACGAGGACGGUCCCCUUGUGCCUGAGAAGGUACUGAUUGCUGUGAAGCAGUAUUGGGUUGUAGGUGGAAAAAACUCCUCCACAUGACAUGACACUGAAUCUCUUCAAAACCUUGGCUGCUUUCAAGUUUCAAUACACAACACAACGCCUAGCUACUCCCACGAAUGCUGUGUUGUAGUAGUAGUCUUUUUGUUGCUACACACGACGGAGGGAAGUGGGGAAGGAAAUAGAGAGAACGCCCAGGUGCGCUCUGUUUCAAUUUUCCUCUUCUUUUUUGGGCCUUUUGUAGACAAAGACGAUCAAUGCCUUGCCUCCCAUUUUUAUGUCCUUAUUUUGUACUCUAAUUUAUUAUCCACACACCCUUUUCAAGAGGAGAAUCGUCAAAAUUCGGUUGGGUUGGGUUGGGUUGGUUACUUUCUCUUCUUCUCUGCCUUCUUCAUUGUAAUGUUAUUCUGUUACUAAUUUAUUCGAUGCCUCAUAUCUUUGGUAUUUUCUUUUC